AUGGAUGCUUUACGUGUCCUCCUGGAGACAUCCACGUUCAACGAGGUGGUGAGAGGUCUGGCUAUCUCCAUCCUUCUAGCCAAACUCGUUCCAAGCGGCGCAAAAUCACAGGACUCUACCUUUAUCACAGCCAGCGGCUUCCUGCUUCUUUACUUUUUCGCUCGCUCUUGGCUGGCUCUCGUGAACCACUAUGCCCCUGAGCCCUACCUGGACGAAGUCUUCCACAUCCCACAAGCCCAAACCUACUGUGAAGGCCGCUACCAAGAAUGGGACGACAAAAUCACCACUCCCCCGGGCCUGUACCUCCUCUCCGUAGGCUGGCACAAACUCAUGCGUCUGGCCGAGUGCACUCCUUCCUCUCUGCGCUCCAACAACCUCUCAGCCACCCUCCUUACAGCCCUUCUUGCUCUAUCCUGCCGGCGUAGAAUUGAGGCCCACACUACGAUUGGAAAAGAGAAGAACGAUGUUUCGUUCUACGCUUACCAUACCGCCAUCAACAUCGCUCUGUUCCCCGUCAUCUUCUUUUUCUCGGGGCUCUAUUACACUGAUGUUGCGUCUACGCUGGUGGUGCUGGUGGCGUAUCGGAAUCACUUGAAUCGCGUGGCUUCUCAUUCCGAGUCUGAGAAGCCCGGGGUUUUCAAUGGGCUCUGGACUGUUGUCUUGGCCGUUGCAGCGCUGUUUAUGAGGCAAACGAAUGUUUUCUGGGUGGUGGUGUACAUGGGCAGUUUGGAGGCUGCGCAUGUGGUCAGGGGAUUGAGGCCCAAGCCGGUUCCUGAAAAGGAAACUCCGAGUAUUUUCCUUUCGAAGCCAGGAGAGUUCUUCGCUUUUUGGCUGAGGAGAUAUGCGGUGGGUGAUGUACAUGAUCCACCGGUUGAUAUGGCCUGGCCUGAUGAUUGGGCCUUGAGUCUUUUGAGUAUCGGAAUCGCUGCUUUUUGCAACCCUCUUAGGGUGUUGAAGCAGGUGUGGCCUCAUAUUACCACCAUGGGGCUCUUUGCUGGGUUCGUGGCUUGGAAUGGUGGUGUUGUACUUGGAGACAAAUCCAACCACAUCGCUACUAUCCAUCUCGCCCAGAUGCUCUACAUCUGGCCUUUCCUUGCCUUCUUCUCCGCUCCUCUUCUCAUUUCCCCCGUUCUUUCUACUGUCGCGAACUUCAUCUCUCGCGCCAAACGUACCACACCCUCAAACUCCACCACCGACAACCCAGGCCUCUCUUCUCUUAGGUCUACAAAACCAUCAAUGAAACCCGCAAAAUCCUCCACGACCAAACCACCUGAAACCACGACCCCCGCUCCCUCCUUUUCCGCCGCCAAACCCUCAGGACCCGGCUCCCCCCUCCUGAAUAUCCUCUACUUCCUCCUCUCCCCCAAACUCUACUACCCGUUCUACCUCCUCGCCACCGUUCUCCUCUCCGCAGCCAUCGUCAAAUACAACACCAUAAUUCAUCCCUUCACCCUCGCCGACAACCGGCACUAUAUGUUCUAUGUCUUUCGAUACACCAUCCUCCGCUCCUCUUUGGUCCGUCUCGCCCUCGUGUUCGCCUACACUUUGACCAGGUGGCUGGUCUGGAGGCGGCUUGAGGGGAACAACCCCACGGCCGCGCGAGACUUUGUUGGCGAAAUGCGGUUGCAAAAUGUCGACAAUAAGAUGAGGUGGAGGGAUGAGUUUUCGGCUUCGCCUUUUGCUACUGACGAGCUUUCGCUUGCGAGGCGGAGCCAAGAGGAAGAAGAAUUCCUCAUCGGCACUUUUACAACCCUCAGCUCUUCCUCCUCGCAACCUAGUCCCGCCACUUCUUCUCCACGCACUUCCACCGUUCUCCUGUGGCUUUUGACCACCGCUCUGUCGCUGGUUACUGCGCCGCUGGUUGAGCCGAGGUACUUUAUCUUGCCGUGGGUGUUCUAUCGGUUGUUGGUGCCUGCUAUGCCGGUGCCUUCUUCUGUUCUCUCUUUCGGUUCAUCUACUGCCUCGUCGUCUUCUUCUUCCACCCCUACUAAUAGCGGCAACGGCAGCGAUGACGGUAAUGAGAAGGAUACUACUGCAUCCUCUGUAGCGCAACAGAACGGUACCGACAAGGGUCUCCUCUGGAAUAUCCUCCACAGAACCGACUUAACCCUAGCCCUGGAGACAGUCUGGUUCCUAGCCAUCAACCUCGGAACCAUGUACAUGUUUUUGUUUAAGCCGUUUUACUGGAAGACGCCCGGUGGGGAGAUGUUGGAUGGGGGGAGGGUACAAAGGUUUAUGUGGUGA